AUGGAGGCCGGGAAAUUGGGAUUUUGUGUUAUAACCGGAAAGUAUGACAAUGAUUCUGAUAGAAGACAAACAUUUGUAACAAUGAGAUGUGAAAGUAGUGGCAUGUAUCAAUCAAUGAUUAGGAAGUUGAAACAUGAUGGCACCAGAUCGAGAAAAUGUGAGUAUCCGUUUAAGUUGUGCAGAUACCGUAAGGCGAAUGAUACAUGGAAAUUUAAUGUAGUUUCUGGUAUGCAUGAUUAUGCCUUGAGUGACAAGCUAGCCGGUCAUCCCAUUGUAUGUCGCCUUAUUCCGGAGGAGAAUGAACUUGUUUCAGACAUGACAUUAAACACGGUGGCUUCGAAAAGCAUACUUGCAAAUUUGAAACGGAAAAGACCUUAA